GGUGUACUGAAAGGUGUACUUUCGCUGGAGACACUAAAGUGGGAGUUAGUCAACAUGUUAAACAUGGCAAUGGUCCCCUCUUAAAAAUAAAUUAUCCUGGCAAGGCAUAUACGUAGACAUCAGAUUGAAAUAUCAGCUUAUUGUUUGUCCUGUUCUUCAACGAUUUCUAUCAAUUUCAUCAACACCAGGAUGGCUCUUCCACUGAUGUGGAUUGUCCUCGGAUGUUUUGGAUUUAUAAAUUGUGAUCCAGGAUUACGUAAAAUACCCAAGAUAUACAAUGCCGUAGUGACAACUGAUCAAAAUUUAGCUCCAUCAAGAGCUUAUCCAGUGAUACAACCAGUUGUACAUCGUACUGCAAUUGGUUAUGUACCACCAUUUUAUUAUUCACCAAUUAAUCCAAGUUAUGAGCCAACUUAUACAACAUAUGGUGGUUAUGGAAAUCCAUUUCCUGGACCAGAAUCACCACCACAACCAAGAGCAGUACAAACACAAUUUGUAACUGAUAAUCCAAAUGCUGAAAAAAUUGAUAUUCAACAACAAGAUGCAUCAUCAUUAUCACCAUCAUCAUCAGAAGAAGAAAAAGUUUCAAAUGAACAAAAUCAAUCAACAUCUAAUGAUAAUACUGAUAAUAAUAACAAAGAAAGUAUUAAUGAUGAUGUCAAAGUUGAAUGUAAAAACAAACCAAAUAAUAUUGAAGAAAAGAAAACAAAAAAAGAACAAAUACCAUUAAAUUUUUAUCCAAAUUAUCGUUCAACAUAUUAUGAUCCAUAUUAUUAUGGAUAUAAUCCAUAUCAACAAAUGCCAUCGGUAUUUACAUCACCAGGUAAUUAUUAUGUUGAUUAUCAUCAACAAAGAAAUACAAUUUAUCCAGAACAAAUGGCAAUUGAACAACAGCCCUUUCUUGAUGAUGCUUCAUUGUCAUCAAGAAAUUAUGGUGAUAAUGUUAAUAAACAGAAGAAUAAUCAUGUAAUACAAGCUCAACAGAAACAUGAUAAAAUACCAGAUGUUCCACCACCACCAGUACCCACUAGCCAGGCAUAUAAAAAAUCAUAGUAAUAAUUAAUUUUACUAUUGUUUAAUUAUGAAUCUUUAUUUACUACUACUUUUAAUUACAUUUAUGAAUUGAUAAAUUUUUGUUUUGGGACGUUGCCCACCGUUUUGCCCCAUUGUUUGUUUCUUUUUAUUUUAUAUAUUUAAAUUUAUGUAUUAUAAAUUUAGUUGAAUUAAAAACUUAAAAUUUAUUAUU